CGCUGCAGGCUGGGUCUGGGCAGUGCCGCGGUCCCGGCUGCGCAGCGUUCAUUUUCCUCCUGGAAACACACACACACACACUCGCCCCACACGCCUGCUCCUGCCCUAAUCCCCAGCAGCUGCGCGCCCUCCUUCGCGCCGAUCAAUAAGCCUUUCACUUUUUGCCUCUUGUUUGUUCCGUGGGGACCGGGAUCGAUGGGAGGAGGGGGCGUCUCCUCCUCGUUUCCGCUCCCCCUCCUUGGCCGCUCCUUCUCCAAUUAGUCAGCCCUGGGGGGGGGCGUGUGAGCGAGUGAGGGGGGUGUUGUGCCGUUGCUGUCCAUUGGACCCCAGCACCAGCCGAAGACGUGGAAGGAUCGCAGUCCUGCUUGCCCUCCUCUUCUUCCGUCUCUCAACUUUUUUACUCCCCUUUUCCCUUCCUUUUUCAUCUUUGGUGAGGAGGCAUAUUCUAAGGUCCUCGGAUAUGGAAGGUAGGAAUUAGGAGGAGGUGUCCACAGGCAACCGCCUUGGGCACCGGCAAGGGGGACUCACUUGGAUGAAGUGGGUGGCAGGCAGAGAGAGAGAGAGAACGCCCUGUCUGAGGAGCUUUAGCAGCUGAAAGCAGCACCCGGACCCCGGCAGAGGCUGCCUCUGUCGCCUCCUGGCCUUGGUACAGACUUUGCUAGCUUACGAGCAAGCGAUUCAAACAAGUGGCUCCACCAUCACUUUGGAGUGGUGGCUAUAGAGAGCAAGGCUCCCACUGCCCCACUCCUCUUUGCUUCCUUCUCACCCGUUCGCUAGCUUCCCCCUCAUCCCUCCCUCCUUUUUUUUUUUUUUUUUUGCUUUUAUUUGAGGAUGAAAUAAUGUUGGCAUGCCUUGAAUUAUUAAGUAUCCCCUGGAUUUUAUUAGCACACAAUGCCUAAAUGCUGCCUGUAUCUGGUGGGGUCUUAACCGGGCGUGCGGAGGAGCGGCACACACAGCGGCACACACAGCGGCACAGGGAGCGGCAGGCAGCUGUGACAGCUGGGCUUGUGCAGAUAAGCGAACGGAAGCACCAAGAGGAGAUCACUAGUGAGACAAGCCGCGUCCAAGAGCUCCUGAGAGGCUGGGGCCAGGCUCCCCGGUCCUCCACCUCCUCUUCCUCCUCCUCAGCUGGGCUUACUCAUUUAGGGGCGUCCUGCAGCAGCCAGGGGAGAGCGGCCGGUGCCGGGCACCCCAGGCUCCUGCUGCCUCCCCUCAUUGGGGGGGUAGCGUGUUGCCUGGUGCCUCGGCACAGAUGCCGAUUGAGAUUGUCUGCAAAAUCAAAUUUGCAGAGGAGGAUGAGAAGCAGGCGGCGAAAGAGGAAGGGGACAAGGAGAGCUUGCUAGAAGAGCCCAGCCGGCCACACCACCGCGACCUGGCCACCUUUGCCGGGGCCAGUACCCUACACGGCCUUGGCCACAUUUGCCGCCCAGGGCAGCUGGGGGUCCGGCAGGCCCUCUGGGCUCUUGCGUUUGUGGCCUCUUUGGCCUUUUUCCUAUAUCAGGCAGCCCGAUCAACACUCUUCUACCUGGAGCACCCGCAUGUCACUACGCUGGAUGAGGAAGCUGCCCAAAAGAUGAUCUUCCCAGCUGUCACCAUCUGCAACAUCAACCGCUUCCGUCACUCAGCACUUACUGAUGCUGACAUCUUCCACCUGGCCAACAUGACUGGGUUGCCACCCAAGGACCGCGAUGGACACAAGGCCUCUGACCUGCUGUAUCCUGACCCAGACAUGGCUGACAUUGUCAACCGCACUGGGCACCAGCUUGAUGACAUGCUCAAGAACUGCAGCUUCAGUGGUGAGAACUGCUCUGCGGAGAACUUCACUGUGGUCUACACACGCUAUGGGAAGUGCUACACAUUCAAUGGCGACCGGAACGAACCACGAGUGACUCGCCAGAGUGGGAUGGGGAAUGGGUUAGAGAUUAUGUUGGACAUCCAGCAGGAGGAGUACCUGCCCAUCUGGAGAGAAACCAAUGAGACAUCAUUUGAAGCCGGAAUUCGGGUACAGAUCCACAGCCAAGAUGAGCCACCCUACAUCCACCAGUUGGGUUUUGGAGUUUCUCCUGGUUUCCAGACCUUUGUGUCCUGCCAAGAGCAGAGGCUGACGUACCUGCCCCAACCCUGGGGCAGCUGCCGGGCCAGUGUGAAGGGAGAACAGAUCCUGCCUGGCUACAAGAGCUACAGCGUUGCUGCUUGCAGGCUGCAGUGCGAGAAGGAAGCUGUGGUGCGGAACUGCCAAUGUCGCAUGGUGCACAUGCCAGGUAAUGAGACCAUCUGCUCGCCCAAUGUCUACAUUGAAUGUGCUGACCACACACUAGAUACAGCCAUGGAGGAUUCCCAAGAACACUGUGUCUGCCCCACGCCCUGCAACUUGACCCGCUACGGCAAGGAGAUCUCCAUGGUGCGCAUCCCCAACAAGGGCUCGGCCCGGUACCUUGCUCGCAAGUAUAACCGCAAUGAGACUUACAUCCGAGAGAACUUCUUGGUGCUAGACAUCUUCUUUGAGACACUGAACUAUGAGGCGAUUGAGCAGAAGAAGGCAUAUAAUCUGGCAGGGCUUCUGGGGGACAUUGGAGGCCAAAUGGGUCUGUUCAUUGGGGCAAGCGUCCUCACUGUCCUGGAAAUCUUGGACUACAUCUAUGAGGUGAUCCGUGACAAGGUGGCCCAUGGCCUACGACGCCCCAAGCCUCCUCUGAAGAAGCCUUCAGGCAGCAUUGCCACCUUGAGAUUGGAGGAGAUCAAGGAGCAGAGCUCCUGUGAGAGCUUGGGCCGACACUCCGAGAGCACCUACCCCACCGGACUCCUGCCCAAUCAUCACCAUCACCACCACUACCCGGGCCAAGGGGUCUUUGAAGACUUUGCUUGCUAAGCCAGCGCGUGUACUGUGCCCCAAAAAGUGGGGGCAGUGCUUCCAGAGCAGCUUUGAGUGCUGCAGGUUCCAGCCUGUACUGACAAGCCUUGGCCAGGACAAGCCAAGCUCCCUUUUUCCCACCUCCCAAGGCUUCCAAAAAGCACCAGGAUGCUUUUUAGCCCCUUUCUUCCUAUAACCUCCCCACCACCCAUUCCAGCUGGUUCAGCCCUCCCCCAGGGCUCAGCCCCCCUCCCUCCUAUUGAAGCACAGAGAGAGAAAGAGGAUCAGCUGCCAAGAUCAGAGAGGCGGAAUGGCCUCUAAACUGCUCUACUGAUUGGCAUCAAGGCUUUACUGGGGCAUUCUGCUUGGAAUUUCACAAAGUGGAAGGAAGGGCAAUGGGGAACAUGGAGCACCCAAGGGAGCAAAAUGCAGUCUCCAAAGAGAGAGGCAACUAUCUAUCCUGGAGCCCAGCCUGGUGCAGUAACACCAACCAGCCAGCUGCUCCUGUAUCACUACAUGGCAUUGACUGCCUCUGCAACAGGUUCCGUGCAGCGGUGGUCACGUUCCCUCCAACACCUCUCCCUUUGUCCUGCCCAGCAUUAUUAUUCCUAUUUACACCUCUUCGCCGCACCUCCUCCUCAUGAACACACAUUACCGCUCAUCACAAUAUUACUCUCUCUCACACACACAUGUGCGCACAGAGGUGUCUCAGGGCAGGACAGAGGUGCUACUGCUGCUGCUGGGCAGUGCCAUGGACCCCAUUGCCCAUUUGCUACUGCCCACAUUGGGACAGUGUCCGCAACAAGGUUUAAAGAGCUUAAACCCUGCCCUUUGAAGGGGGAUCCAGGCUGUGCCCCUUCACCAUGCGAGUACAGAGUCCUCCCCUCACCCCCAUGGCUGGCCACCUUUCACCCCCUCUUCCUCCCUCAGAACUGUAUAUUUGUACAUAACUGUUUGGGGCCUGUGGUUUUUAGCCAGAUACACUCAGUCCUUCAUUGCUGCAGCUGCCUCCCGCUGGUGUCACCAAGAACUGCUGGUAAGGCUGGGCACUGACAUAGACAUAAAAUCUCAGGUUUCCGCCCAGCUCAAGCGCAGAGGCAGAUGCCACAGGAGGUGGCUGGCAGCAACAAAGCCCAGGUUUCCCUGGGCACCCUCUUCCCAGAUGUACAGACUUUCCCCUUCUCCCUCAUCUUCCACGCAGCUCCCCCUCUUGCUCUUCUCCAGCAGCGUUCAGGGUCCAAGCCACAACUAACCACCCCACCCUCAGGAGAAAGGAUUCAGAGUCCUUACAGAUUUCAGAAAACGUCAAGGGGAGGAUAGGGAGCCACCCACAGUGCCCCAAGACUCACCUCCAUAGGCUGAAGCAGAGAGUAGCAGAAUUGUCCAGGACAGCUAUGUGUGGGGCAUGUGCACGAGAUGAAUCCUCAAGUGCCCAGGGUAAGAGUGUCAACCUCUAACUUUGAGGCAGGAGCUUUGAAUACAACAGGAAAAAGGCAACCAAACCACUUUAUGCUAUUUCCAUGGGACAAGGGAAUCACCCAGAACCCAGCUAUGGUCUUCAGCCCCCACCCCCAUGUAGCAAACCGGAGGGGGCCCAGAAUACACUGUCGAUACACAAAGAACCCUCACGAUGGUGUCAUGCCCCACACUUAGAGAAAUGUGCCUGUCCUGGGGGUGCAUUUUCAGGAAGAAAAGUGGCACUCACAAGAAAAUGCUGCAAAUGCCCACCCGCAACCCUCCAGAGACAACACCAAACUCUUGUGUAUACAAUCUUUAAAAGUUGAGAGCAGUCGAGGCCUUUGGAUGCUGUAGAGGGUUUAGGAUGUUGAAGAUAACAUCUGCCUGCCUGCCAGAUGUGUGGGUGCAGGCUGUGUGGGACUCUAACCGGAGCCCAGCCAGGGAUCUUCCCAGGAGGGGCAUAUCAUCCCAUGACUUUACUGAGCGCGAGUCGCUGUUUUACAGAUGUAUAAGUUUCUCCCAAUAAAGA